UUUUAAUUUCCUCUUUUUCUUAAUCAGUUUGUUUUGGGGGACAACCCCCAUUACUUCUCCUGCAAUAAAAGACAAAAUUCUUUGAUGAAUAUGAGAGAGAGAGAGGUGGAAACUAGAAAGAGAUUUGCUUUUGCUUACUCCUGUCACUGUGUGAGUGUGUGUGAGGUUUUUGUAUGGGGUUAUAACGUUACCAAAAUUUCUUUCUUCAGUUUGUUGUGUCCCAUUUUACUACUUCUUUACAUUACAGUACUGAGCCAAAAGCAAAAGGAUUAAAAAAAAAAAAAAUUGGCAAAAGGGUUUUUGAGCUUUGAAGAGAGUGAGUGUGGAAAAAAGGAACUCUAAAUUAAAAAGGGCUUACUUUUUAAAGGUUUUAAGAACUUACACACAAAAAUAAAAAGCUCCUUACAACAAACAUGUUUGAUGGUGUUCCAGCUGACCAAUUCCAUCAAUUCUUAGCUGCUGCUGCUUCUUCAAGAACUUCACUUCCUAUCCCUCUUUCUUUUUCUCCUCUUCAUCAUCAUCAUCAUCAUCAACAUCUUCAACAACAUCAUGGGGUUUCUGUUCCAGUUCCGGUUCCGAUUCAAAUUCCGAUUCCGCCGUCUUCAGUGUCUGCACCGCCACCACCGCCGGCACCGGUGAUUACUACUCCGGCUCCAACUCCAGGGCCGACGGCGGGUUUUCUGGGCUGUUUUGAUCUGUACCCAUCUCAUCAAAUACUUGAGGUAGUACAACAGCCGCCGCAACACCACCACCAUAGUGGGCUCCAUCCGGGCCAAUUGCACCACCGCCCGUCACCGUCGCCGCCCGCCGACAGCGGCAAUAAUGGUAACCGUGAGGAAAGAAAUACGGAGAGUUUGGAAGGAGAAGAAGAGGAUCGGCGGCGGCGAUCAAUCCCACCACCACCAGCGGCGGCGGCGGCUGAUGCUGAUGAGAUUCCAUGGUCAAAUGAUGAAGUUCUUACACUGCUGAGAAUCAGAUCUGGGAUGGAGAAUUGGUUUCCAGAAUUCACUUGGGAACAUGUUUCAAGGAAGCUUGAGGAGCAUGGUUAUCAAAGGAGAGCUGAGAAAUGCAAGGAGAAAUUUGAGGAAGAAAGCAGGCAUUUCAACAGCAUGAGUUACAACAAGAACUACAGAUUCUUCAGUGAUCUUGAUGAGCUUUACAAUGAAGAUGAUGAUCAAGAUCAACAAAGUAAUCAUCCACAGCCGCAAGUUUCAAAUGGAAAGGACCAAGAUUUGGAAAGAGAAAAAGAUCAUCAUCAUCAUCAACAACAACAUGAAGAAGAAGAUGCACAAGAAGAAGACAAGAUGGACCUAAGUCAUCAGCAACUAGAAGCUGAUCAGGAAACAGAAAAUGCAGUCACUUCUUCCGACCCUUCUCGUCAAGAAGGGAAUCAUCCAGCUAAUUCCUUGGUGAAGGAAACAACCCAAAGUAGUACUGGUAACAACAAGAAGAGGAAAAGGAGAUACAAGUUGGAAAUGUUCAAGGGUUUUUGUGAAACUGUUGUGAAGAGGAUUGUUGCUCAGCAAGAAGACUUACACAAUAAGCUCAUUGAUGAUAUGCUGAAAAGGGAUGAGGAAUGCAUUGCAAGAGAGGAAGCAUGGAAGUGUCAAGAAACGGAGAGAUUCAACAAGGAAAUCCAGGUGAGAGCUCAAGAACAAGUCAUUGCAGGUGACAGGCAAGCCAAAAUAAUUGAUCUUUUGAAGAAGUUCACCACCAUUAGUACUGGUACUGCUCAUCACGAACAAGAUCAAAACUUGAUGAGGAAAAUUGAAGAUUUCUUCAAGGUAAGAAAUAAUGCUUCAAGUAGUUCCACUUCUGUUACCACUUCAUCAUCUGAAAUAUUUCCUCAGAUUCAUCAUCAUAACCCUACUACUACUACUACUACUACUACCAAUCUUCUGCCUAUAGCUACUUCAUCUAGUGAAACAACCCCAUCACCCAAAAACCCACAAGCAACCUCUUCUACAUCUGUCUUAGCCUUAACUUCCAAAAGCCCUAAUGAAAACUCCCUUACAUUAGUCCCCCUGAACAAGAACUUCUCUUCAACCACCCGAAAAUCAUCCCAAAAGUCGACGGAGAAAGGACAGAAAGACACCGGAAAAAGAUGGCCGAGGGAUGAAGUGCAGGCAUUGAUAAACCUCAAAUGCAGCCAAACCAACAACAGCAAUAUUGGUACCACCACCGCUGAUCAUGACAGGGAACCAAAAGGUCCAUUAUGGGAGAGAAUAUCACAAGGGAUGCUAGAACUGGGGUACAGAAGAAGCGCAAAAAGGUGCAAAGAGAAAUGGGAAAACAUCAACAAGUAUUUCAGGAAGACGAAAGACAGCAACAAGAAGAGGUCAGUUGAGUCAAGGACUUGUCCUUAUUUUCAUCAGUUGAGUACGUUGUACAGCCAACAACAACAACAACCAGGAACAACAGCAACAUCAACACUUGGUAAUAAUAAUGUUGUAGCCCCUAGUUCUUCAGAUGAUCAUGUGCUGGACAAGGAAAACUGCCCCAAUUCGCCCCACAAAAAGCUAUCAAAUUAAAAGUAGAUUUUUAGCAAAAUUUUCCACCUACCUAUCUAGUUACAGUAGUAAAAAGUACUUUAGAGUUUGCAUUUUGUAAUAUUAUUUUAAUUUAUCUAGAGUUUCUUUUGGUAUAAUAUUACGCCCUCCCUCGUUGUUGUUGUGAAGCAGACUUUCCGAUUAAUAACUCGAAUUCGAUAAUCUGGAGGUUAUGAUUUUGCUUGUUUUGGAUAUUGAAGUAGUAGUGAUGGUGUUUUCAAACAUUUUGAAAUAGUUGUCUCGGGAAUAUCUUUACUUUUUAUUUACUAAACUUAAUUUUCAGGAAGUUGUAGGAAAUUAUAUUACAAUACAUAUGUACUACCAAAUUUCAUGCGUCACUCUCA